GAAAGUAGCCAGCAACCCCUCCCCAUUCCCAAACGCCCUCAAUUGGACCCUUCUUCAGCGCCCCUUGGAAGAGAUGGGUGCCCCCAUCGGCACAUUGUCCUUUGGCCACUGGACAUCAUGCCUCCCAAGAAGGAUGUUCCAGUGAAGAAACCAGCAGGGCCCCUCAUCUCCAAACCUGCUGCCAAGCCAGCAACAGGGGCCCCUCCAGUCAAGACUAAGGCUGAGCCAGCUGUUCCCCAAGGCCCUCAGAAAACCCAGGAGCCCCCUAUCGAUCUCUCCAAAGUUGUGAUCAAGUUUAACAAGGAUCAGCUGGAGGAGUUCAAAGAAGCAUUUGAGCUGUUUGAUCGAGUAGGAGAUGGUAAGAUCCUGUACAGCCAGUGUGGGGAUGUGAUGAGGGCCCUGGGCCAGAACCCCACCAACGCCGAGGUGCUCAAGGUCCUAGGGAACCCCAAAAGUGAUGAGCUGAAGUCCCGGCAUGUGGACUUUGAGACUUUCCUGCCCAUGCUCCAGGCAGUGGCCAGGAAUCGGGACGAAGGCACAUAUCAAGACUACUUGGAGGGGCUUCGUGUGUUUGACAAGGAGGGGAAUGGCAAAGUCAUGGGAGCAGAGCUCAGACACGUCCUCACGUGGACGUGAGGGGGAGAGGAUGACUGAGGAAGAGGUGGAGACUGUUCUGGCAGGACAUGAGGACACAAUGGUUGCAUCAACUAUGAGGCCUUCCUGAAACACAUCCUAAGCGUCUGAGCUCUGCGGGUGGGUGGCUCUCCCACCCCUCCUGUCUCCAGAGACCCAGCGGGUCCCUGCAAGCGGAAGCACGUUCCAGCCACCAGGAGGCCACCUAUUGUUUCAAAAUAAAGAUGCAGUUUCUCCCUUG